AUGGGACGUCUUGUUUAUGUCCGCGAGGAUCGUGAAGCCGAGCCCCGUUUCGUCGGUGGCCCCCCGCGCGGCGAUUUCGGCGGUGGUGGUCGCGGUGGCUUCGGUGGUGGUGGAUUUGGUGGCGGCCCUGGUGGUCCCCCUGGUGGAGGUGCUCCGGGUCGUCAACUUUAUGUGUCGAACCUUCCUUUCAAUAUUGGAUGGCAAGACUUGAAGGAUCUCUUCCGCCAAGCGGCUCAACAGGGCGCGGUUAUCCGCGCUGAUGUGCACACCGACCCUACCGGCCGCCCCAAGGGCUCUGGUAUUGUUGCUUUCGAGUCUCCUGAUGAUGCCCGCAACGCUAUCGCUCAGUUCAACGGAUACGAGUGGCAGGGUCGCCCCCUGGAGGUUCGUGAAGAUAGAUUCGCUGGUGGCGGUCCCGGCUUCGGCGGUCGUGGCGGCUUCGGUGGCCCCGGUCGUGGUGGCUUUGGCGGCCCUGGUGGUCCUGGUGGCCCCCCUGGUGGCUUCGGUGGCCGUGGAGGCUUUGGUGGUGGCCGUGGAGGCUACGGCGGUGGCUUUGGUGGGCGUGGCGGCUUUGGUGGCCCCGGUGGUCACGGUGGCCCCCCUGGUGGUGCCCCUGGUUUCGGCGGCGGUUACGAGCAGCACCAGCACCAGCACCAGCAGCCCGUUGCUUCGGUCCCUCCUAACCCCUUCACCGACUUUGCCACUUCUGGAGGUGAAAAGAGCGCGGUUAUUUACGUGCGAAACCUUCCGUGGUCCACUUGCAACGACGAUCUGAUCGACCUUUUCUCGACUAUCGGCAAGGUUGAGCGUGCUGAGAUCCAGUACGAGCUCAACGGCCGAUCCCGUGGUACCGGUGUUGUCGAGUUUGAUACUCCUGACACCGCUGACACUGCCAUUUCCAAGUUCACCGGUUACCAGUACGGUGGUCGUCCCCUGGGCAUCACCUUUGUUAAAUACCUGAAUGCCGGACCUGGUCCGGAGAUUAAGGAAGAACAGGACCCUUCAAUGGGCAUCACGCAGGACCAGAUCAUGUAA